AGAGAGAGAGCUCACAGCUUCACAAAACUACAAAACACACUCACCGCAAUUUCCGAUGCUUCUCCGGCAUUGAACAUUCUCUCACUCUCUUCCGUAACGGAAACAAUGAGCGGUAACGGAAGCCUCCACGGCGAGGACGUGGAAUCGAUCACGGCGCCGUUAAUUCCCCGCCACCACCACCGCAACAACUACAGCAGGUUCGCUCUCAACAACACGUCUCAGGUGGCCCUCGUCGGCGCCAAUGUCUCCCCAAUCGAGAGCCUCGACUACGAGAUUUUGGAGAACGAGUUCUUCAAGCAGGACUGGCGGAGCCACGACGCCGUCGACGUCUUCCAGUACAUCUUCAUGAAGUGGUUCAUCUGCUUCCUCGUCGGAAUCGUCGUCGGAAUGAUCGGCUUCUGCAACAACCUCGCCGUCGAGAACAUCGCCGGCGUCAAGUUCGUCAUCACCUCCAACAUGAUGCUCGAGCGGAGGUAUUGGAUGGCGUUCGUUGUGUUCUUCGUUUAUAAUUUGACGCUCACUGUGUUUGCGUCUACCAUCACAUCUUUAGUGGCGCCGGCGGCCGCCGGCUCCGGCAUACCGGAGGUGAAGGCUUACCUCAACGGAGUUGACGCUCCGGGGAUAUUCUCAAUUCGGACUUUGAUUGUGAAGAUAAUUGGGAGUAUUACUGCUGUGUCGUCUUCACUUCAUAUUGGGAAGGCAGGGCCGAUGGUGCAUACUGGUGCCUGUGUUGCGGCGUUGUUGGGUCAGGGUGGAUCAAAGAAGUAUGGUUUAACAUGGAAGUGGCUACGAUACUUUAAGAAUGAUCGAGACCGUAGGGAUCUUGUUACUUGUGGAUCAGCUGCUGGGAUUGCUGCCUCUUUCCGUUCGCCUGUUGGCGGUCUGCUGUUUGCUCUUGAAGAGAUGGCAUCUUGGUGGCGAGGUGCCCUUUUGUGGAGAGCUUUUUUCACAACAGCUGUAAUUGCAAUUGUGCUUCGAGCUGGGAUUGAUUUCUGCUUAAGUGGAAAAUGCGGGCUAUUUGGUACAGGAGGUCUGAUAAUGUUUGACGUAUACUCAUCAAAUAUGUCUUAUCACCUAAAAGAUGUGCCUCCUGUGCUUGCCCUUGCAUUUGUAGGUGGUAUAUUGGGGAGCUUCUACAAUUAUCUAUUAACAAAAGUUCUCCGAAUUUACAAUCUCAUCCAUGAGAAGGGCAUCAUGUAUAAAGUUCUUCUUGCUUGCUCAGUUUCAGUUUUCACAUCUUGUCUUCUCUUUGGAUUGCCAUGGCUUGCAUCUUGCCGACCUUGCCCAGCCGAUGCAUCAGAAGCCUGCCCUACAAUUGGAAGGUCCGGUAACUACAAGAAGUUCCAAUGUCCUCCAGGUCACUAUAAUGACCUUGCCAGCCUCAUAUUCAACACAAAUGAUGAUGCUAUCAGAAAUCUUUUCAGCAAGAACACUGAUUCCGAGUUUCAGUACUCAUCAGUUUUGAUAUUUCUGAUCACCUGCUUUUUCUUAAGUAUCUUUAGCUAUGGGGUUGUUGUUCCUGCUGGUUUGUUUGUACCUGUUAUUGUGACUGGUGCAUCAUAUGGGCGCUUUGUUGGAAUGUUGGUAGGUUCAUACACAAAUCUCAAUCAUGGCCUGUAUGCUGUGCUGGGGGCUGCUUCUUUACUUGGUGGAACCAUGAGGAUGACCGUGUCUUUGUGUGUAAUUAUUCUGGAGCUGACCAAUAAUUUGUUAUUGCUACCAUUGAUAAUGCUAGUUCUUCUUGUUUCCAAGACCACGGCAGAUGUUUUCAAUAGCAACAUAUAUGAUCUCAUUAUGAAAGCCAAGGGUCUUCCAUAUUUAAAGGGUCAUGCUGAACCAUAUAUGAGGCAGCUGACAGUAAGUGACGUAGUGACGGGGCCACUUCAACUCUUCAAUGGCAUUGAGAAAGUUGGUAAUAUAGUACAUGUUCUUAGAACCACAGGGCAUAAUGGUUUCCCUGUAAUUGAUGAGUCUCCUCCACCUGAACCUCCUAUUUUGUUCGGUUUGGUCCUCCGUGCCCAUCUUAUCGAAUUGUUGAAGAAGAAAGCUUUUGUGUCUACCCCAGUGCGGACGACUACAGAUGCAUUUGAACAGUUCUCCUCGGAGGAUUUUGCAAAGAGGGGUUUAGGAAAUGGUGACAAGAUAGAAGAUAUAGAAUUGACGGAGGAGGAGAUGGAAAUGUACAUAGACUUGCAUCCAUUUACUAACGCGUCACCUUAUACUGUUGUGGAGACGAUGUCACUAGCAAAGGCUCUCAUACUUUUCCGACAAGUUGGUUUAAGGCACCUGCUAGUGAUACCAAAGAUGUCCUCCAUGUCUCCUAUAGUAGGCAUAUUGACAAGGCACGACUUCAUGCCAGAACAUAUAUUUGGCAUUCACCCUAUGCUGGUAAGUAGCAAGUCGAAAAGAUUAAGAUUUCGGCUGCCCCCUUCGAGUAAACUCUUUUAGGAAAUCUCAGCCUAGAACUUAGUUUCCCUUGACGGAAAGGUAUUGUAGAUAGCCUUAUUCGAGCUGCAGUUCCCUUGUCUAGGUUACGAAAUCAUGACAAGUUUGUACCAUUAAUUAUCAAUUCCUUCAUCAGAGUCCAGAGGUCAAGAGCUGCUAAAGACCAGUAGUUUAUAAUGCUAGCAAACAACAUUAUUGUUAACUAGGGGAAUAACAGAACGAAGUUUCUCUAGUGGAAUUUGUACAUUGCGGAACACUUUACAGCUCAGAUGAUCUAUACAUUCACUGUAUUGGAAUCUCCUGUUCUAGAAAUUCCAGAUCUUUGUUACAAAAUUUGAACUGAUCCAAUUUACCUUACAAUGCACACCUUGGUUCUGGGAAUAUGAUGGUUUUACUAUUAUCUGAUGGUUAUUCAAAGAGUCCAAGAAACAGAAAUGAGCGAAUCAAUCUUUCCAUCUCUCAAUCACAAUCUUAUCAGAUGCCAAUAUACUCAACAUUCAAGUAUCUAACGUUCCGAAGUUAAGAAUGAUGCUGAGAAAAAGGCAAAAUGCAAACCAAACUGUGUCCACGAACCAAAUAUACAUUUUACAGGGCAGUUGAAUUCACAGCUCUGAUUGAAUCAGAGGGAGGGA